UUUCUGGUACAGUUCAGCUAAAACCGAACAAGGUUUCAUUGUCUUCUUCUGUCUUUACUUCUUCGAAAUUUUCAGUCUUUCGUUGAUGGGUUCCGCAUAAACGAAACUAGGGUUUCCUCAAAUUUCUGUCUCUCUCUGGCUGUGCUGUUGUCUUCUGAAUUAAGGUGGUCUGUGUUUGUUCAUCAAUCUCGGGUUUAUGUACUUUAAGUUUGUGGAAUUAGAGGAUUCGUAAUUUUGAUUAAUCAUUUUUUAGGUUUUUUCUUAAUAAUCUUUUCUAAUUCCUCAGUAUUGGUUAUUCAUCUGUUUCUGAUGGUUGGUUCGUUUGGAUUGUCUACUGGACUUCUUAGAAGGGUUUACUCUAAUUACUUUGUCAUAGCAGAUUCCAGUCUUAAUAGUACAAGAUGUUUGUUAUCCACUCUUCAGCAUUUGUUUUGUUAAUUGGGUUUACUCUAAUGACUAUGUUAUAGCGUUUGCAAUUGGGUAGAGUAAGGAUCUCAGCAAGUAAGUUUCAGCCUUUCAUCUAAUCAUAACUCUGUUUUGUAGAACUUGGGACUCUUAAUCCUCAGCCUCUGAAUCUUUUUAUUCGUUGUAGCUUUUUUCUUGAUCUGUAAGUUGAAUUAGCGUGUGAUUUGAUAAACAAUCAAUGGAACACAUGUUCUUGAUACGAAACCUUUGUGUAUGUCAGGGAUGAAUCUUUCUCCGUUCAAGAGAGAUAUAGACGAACUCAUAGGCGAUUUUGUAAAGGAUGAUUUGAAAACGUUUGCUGAUAUGAAGAGCGUGUGGCUAUCCCGAAAGUUUUCGUAUAUAUAUGAAGCUAGUCCGAACAGCAACUUAGCUUUUUUCAUGCAGUCCCUAUAUGCGCAUACCAUUGGCCACUUGGUUAAUAUUGAAUCUUUUUCACGGAGACUUGGAGGUCUCUACUGUCUCUAUUGCCUUCAUGAGAUCCAACCUUUUAAACCCAAGUUCAGAAUUUAUAUCUCACUUCAAGAGCUUGGGAAAUUUAGGGAUCUUGUAGUCGAGGCAAAAGAUAAAGGUGUAGAGAUAGCUGCUGCUGUGGCAAAAGAAAUGCUUGAUAAGAACAUGUUUAUAUUUGGAGCUGUGGGUGAAGAUUCUGCAACCAAGAAACUUAAUCAAUUAACGGAACUACAGAACGCACGUGUGCGGUUUGCCUAUGAUAAAUUACUCUCUGAAACCGAGAUCGAGCAAUUUAUUCAUUUGGAUAUGGGUAAUGAAAUUGAUCUGAGUUCCCUUCAUAGAAGAUCUUUAGAUUAUGCAGAGGCCAAGAAGCGCGCAAUUAAAGGAGAAAUAGUGGAGAUUGAAGACAUAAAGCACAUAUCAGAAGAGAAAGAGUUGAUGGGAGAGAGAGUGGGGAGAUUGACAGAGGAAUGGGAUGCAGAAAGACUUUCAUUAUAUGAACAAACCAACCUUGAUAGUCUUAGGACGACACAGAAACAAUUGAAAGAUGUGGAACAUGAUGAGGAUGAUGGGUUUGAUGAGCUUGAUCGCUUGCUUUCACAGAGCUGACAUUGCCAUUGCAAUCACCGUUCAAAAUAUAGGAAGCCCGCAAAUGAAAAGCUCUCAAUAGAUAUGGCAUUGGCAGGUAGAUUUGAUGCAUUUUGCCAUUACUCAGUCAAUGUUUAUAUCUUCAGGUUCUGACAUCAGGUAAUAUCAAGAGUCAGGUUGCGUCAGAGAGUUACUACAAUACAAAUCUCAUAAAAUCAGGAGAAGCAACAUGCUGAUAAGAAAAACAAGGAGGUGACUAAGAAGAUGUUAAUCCCGGUCUGCAAGAUCAUAGUAAUAAACAUGUUUGAUUAGGAGAAAUUAUAAUGGUUAAGUGAAUACAAUAACUAACAAAGUGAUUUAAGUCUGAAUGAGGCAAUGAUCUGAUUGUUUUCUCCAACAUUUCUGGAGUAUACAGGCUUUGAAAUUUUUUUAGAUAUCCAUCAUCAAGACUUUUUGAGUUAUAUA